CUGAACAGUAAGUAAUCUUUUUUAACUCCGUCACUACCGAUCUGAGUUAACUAACCAUUUCUCAACAUCUGAGCCUUUCUCCUCACACAAAGCCGCCCCUCCCCUUCGUCUCUCUUCCCCCUCUCUUUCUAUUGCCUUUUUUCUUACCCUGGUCGUUCGGUCUCACUUUUCUAGAAUUCUAGACCUAGACUCUAGAAUUGGUUCCUUUGUUUGUUCGCUUGUUAAGGUUCAAGCUUAGCCUGAAUUCCCCUGCGUAUUUACGGGGGCGCCCCCACAGCGUUCGAUUCCGCCGCCCGUUCACAUUCCGCCCCAUUCCUCGUUCACACCUCCAACGCUGCUUUCACCUCGUCGGCUCCGCGGACCCUCGAAACCUUAUGCCUCACGUCGCUCCUUAUCACCUUACGUAGUGGUUACGGGCAUACCGACCAAAUUCAACCCAAUUCGGCCCUCCUAUAUCGGCUUCGGUUCAAAGCUCUCAGAUGAAGCUUGACAUUGCGAGUACAGAUUUCUCGUGAAAGAUGGGGUCGUUUUUGAGGAGUCUUCGGAGAGAUGUGGGCCCUCCUACACCUUCGGUUGGGCCGACUCCCACAAAGAAAGAGCCUCUAGUGCCCCCGAUGACCCCUUUAGAGAAGAUGCUUCAGGAUAUGGGCGCGAUCCGAGAGGAUGGUAGCGAUAAGUUCUUUGGGAUGGAAAACUACGGUAACACCUGUUAUUGUAAUUCCAUCUUACAAUGUCUAUACUAUUCAGUCCCCUUUCGAGAGGCCGUCGUUAACUAUCCGACACGGACUCCCAUAGAGAGCCUAGAGGCGGCACUUGCAAAGACUCUCCGCUAUCAAAACCCUGUCGCUAACUUGGAAGCCGAGGCGCAGGCUGAGAAACAGAAAGCUGCCAAUGCUCAGCGUCCUGGGGCGCCCCCGAGUCAACCACCAAAACCAGAGGACAAAGACUCGCCCGAAUAUAAGAAGAAGAUGGCAUUACAAACGCUACCGCUCUUAGAGACCAAAAACAACGCGACCAGCUAUGGAAUGUCGGAGUCACUCUUCACGUCACUGAAAGACCUAUUCGAGUCUGUUGUUGCAAGCCAGUCGCGGAUAGGCAUAAUCCGACCGCAGCACUUCUUGGAUGUUCUUCGACGCGAACAUGAAAUGUUUCGUACUGCCAUGCACCAAGAUGCUCAUGAGUUUUUGAACCUCUUGCUUAAUGAAGUUGUUGCAAACGUGGAGGCUGAGGCAUCCAAACAGCCUUCGUCAGAGAAGAGUCUUCCAUCAGCCGAAGGCACUGACUCUACUGAGCUAUCGGGGAGUUCAGGCUCUAAAACACCCAACACCACUCGUUGGGUGCAUGAAUUAUUUGAAGGAACUUUAACAUCAGAGACACAGUGUUUAACCUGUGAGAAGGUUUCACAACGCGACGAAGUUUUCUUGGACCUGUCGGUAGAUCUUGAACAGCAUUCCUCGGUUACGUCGUGUCUAAGGAAGUUCUCUGCGGAGGAAAUGCUUUGUGAAAGAAACAAGUUCCACUGCGACAAUUGCGGGGGCCUUCAAGAGGCAGAGAAGAGAAUGAAAAUUAAGCGCCUCCCUCGGAUUCUAGCCCUGCACCUCAAGCGGUUUAAGUAUACCGAAGACCUUCAACGGCUUCAAAAGCUAUUCCAUAGAGUUGUAUAUCCCUAUCACCUCCGCCUUUUCAAUACGACGGACGACGCGGAGGAUCCGGAUCGCCUGUAUGAGCUCUACGCUGUGGUGGUGCACAUCGGUGGCGGACCAUAUCACGGACACUACGUCGCGAUUAUUAAGACGCAGGAUCGCGGAUGGCUACUGUUCGACGAUGAGAUGGUGGAACCUGUGGACAAAAACUAUGUCCGUAACUUCUUUGGCGACAGGCCGGGUCUGGCCUGCGCCUACGUCCUGUUCUAUCAAGAAACCACGCUUGAGGCUGUCUUAAAGGAACAGGAACAGGAGAAUAUGGAUUUGAAUACAAUCGCCACUGAUAUGAACGACUCCACCCUGAAGCACAACGGCUACCCCCUGUCUCCAGGGUUGGCCCAUGUACACAGCACGUCUCAGAUACCUUCGCACAACGAACCCCCUCGAUUCAGCAACCUCUACCGGGCCCCUACUGCACCGCUUUUGUCCCCUCACCUGGAACAUUCAGAGCCUGAGAGCUCUUUCCCGGAUCCUUUGACUGCCGUACCACCUGUCCCCCCCAUACCAGACACGCAUUCGCCACUACCUUUGAGCCCGAAGAAGAGUGAUUCUCAUUUCAAAAAGGAACGAGCCAAGGAGGAAAAAGAACGAAAAGCAACAGAGAAAGAAAAAGAGAAACAGCGCCGAAAGGAACAGGAGGCGAGAUUUAGAGAGAAUCAGCGACGAGAGGAGGCAGAACUGAGAGCUGCGCUUGAGGCGAGUAAGGUUUCCAAGGCUGAUGAAGAUCGUCGACACUCCCCUGAUGCCGGUAAAGAGCACGACUCGAAGAAACUAGGCGGUGGCUUGAGCCGCCUGAAGCGAGGUAGCAAAAGCAUCAGCCAUCGGCUUGGUAAAGAUAAAGAGAACCGAGUUUCGUCAUCAAGCCAUCCAACAACACCUAUUGCGGAACAUACACCGCCAAGCAAUGGGCCAUCUGAUUCACAACAGCACCUACCAAAUGGCCAAUCACCAGGUUGGCACAGCUUGAAUAGGCAUACAGAACAGGACGAAGAGCGGGAUGUGCUCAAAGACCCCAAACACGACAGAAGCGGACAUCAUGGCAAGUGGAGAAGUUUCAGUCUCAGGAAGAAGUCAUUUAGCAUUCUUUCAUGAGCCUACCUUCUCAUUUCAGUAUCUCGGCCACAUAUAUCGGCGAUAGCUUUUUGCACAUAGAAUGCGCGUUUCCCCGUACAUAUUUCGAUGUAUCAUCACCUUUACCUUCAUAUCGGUUCCAUGGAUCUUGCAGCGGUACACUUGACAGUCCUAUGGAGUCUUGUGGCAGAGAUACCGUCGGACCGGUUAUGUUUUAUUUCUCCAUGCGACUUUUUCUCUCCGCAUACGAUGCAUUCUGUUUACUUGUUUGUU